GCUUAGGAACCAAGCAAGAAAGUAUUCCCAGUAUACCUAAAAACACUACAUAUCACAAAAAUGCCUUCCUCUUCCACCACCAUAGUCUCUAGAUGCUUAAUCCAUCCCGACCACAAAUCCAGCAUGAAACCACUCAAACUCUCUGUUUCUGACCUUCCAAUGUUGUCGUGUCACUACAUCCAAAAGGGCGUCUUGCUCACUGCCCCAACCUCUUCCUUCGAAGACCUCAUUCUCUCUCUCAAACACUCUCUCUCCGCCGCACUCUCCCACUUCCCUGCCCUCGCCGGUCGUCUCUCUACUGACUGCCAGGGUUACGUUCACAUCGUCUGCAACGACGCUGGCGUCGACUUCAUCCAUGCCAAGGCCAAGCACUUAACUCUAAACGCCGUCGUUUCGCCCACGCUCGUUGAUGUUCACCCUUGCUUUAAGGAGUUCUUCGCCUAUGACAUGAUGAUCUCCUACGCCGGCCACCACAAUCCCCUCGCUGCCAUCCAGGUCACCGAGCUCGCCGACGCCGUCUUCGUCGGCUGCACCAUCAACCACGCUGUCACCGAUGGCACCUCCUUCUGGCAUUUUUUCAACACCUUCGCCGCCAUCACCAAAGGCGGCGCAGCCAAGAAAGUACUCCGCGCGCCGGACUUCACGCGCGAAACUGUAAUCAACUCCGACGCUGUCCUCUUCGUCCCCGCCGGCGGCCCAGCCCUCACCUUUGACGCCAAGGCACCCAUCCGGGAACGAAUCUUCCAUUUCUCAAGCGAAUCCAUUCAGAAACUCAAACUUAGAGCCAACGCCAAAUCCAACGAACUAACGGAGGUAAUGGAAAAACCAGUGAAUGACGGUUGGAAAAUCGUUAACGGUAAGGUUAUCGGAAAGGAUAGCGGUAACGGAAGAAACGAGAUCUCGUCAUUUCAGUCGUUAUCUGCUCAGCUCUGGCGUGCGGUGACACGUGCGAGGAAAUUCAACGACCCUGCCAAAACGUCGACGUUUCGGAUGGCCGUUAAUUUCCGCCAUCGUUUGGAGCCGAAGAUGGACGCGUUUUACUUCGGUAAUGCGAUUCAGAGCAUUCCAACAGUCGCAACCGUCAGGGAUAUCCUCUCACGCGAUCUGCAUUUCUGCGCGGAGUUGCUGCACCAAAACGUGAUCGCCCACGAUGACGCAACGGUGCGACGCGGCAUAGAGGAUUGGGAAAACGCGCCGAGGCUGUUUCCUCUCGGGAACUUCGACGGCGCGAUGAUCACCAUGGGAAGCUCUCCGCGUUUUCCCAUGUACGACAACGACUUCGGCUGGGGAAGGCCUAUCGCGAUUCGGAGUGGCAAAGCGAACAAAUUCGACGGCAAAAUCUCUGCGUUUCCAGGGAGAGAAGGGAACGGCAGUGUGGAUCUGGAAGUCGUUUUGGCUCCGGAGACCAUGGCGGGGCUAGAAAACGACAUGGAGUUUAUGCAAUACGUAACGCAGGUGGUGUGAGGGUACGUUACGUUGAGUAAGUUGCACAGCAGUGAUAGUGAAAACACGGGACGGAGUGAAAAAAUUAGAAGUCGGUGAUUAAACGACGGGGAACGGAGGGUGAUUGCACGACAAUAGUACCAUGGGUGUGGGCGUCGUUUUGUGUCGGUCAAAGUCAAACGUUCGCGGAGUGGGGUCUCAGUGUUCUAAGGUUGUGUUUGGAUGUUUCCGUGGUUGGCCCCACACGUAUUAUGAUUUCCAGUACGUGAUUUCGGGGAGGUUUUUCAGUUUUCACUUUUCAGGUGAUCAAUAACAAGACGAACUAUAAUAAUGAUAAGAAUAAUAAUAAAUAAAACUAAUGAUGAUAAAUGAAAGUUGAAAGUAAAAGAGAAGUUAAUAUUUGAAGCCAAAAUAGGAUUUUGGAGUUUUCCUUUAGCCUUUUGGUAAGUGUCUGUUCGUGCUACUUUUUCCUUUAUAAAUAUAUUUCUUUUUAAUUUGAGAAUUGAGUGGAGAUAACGAUGUGUGAAUAUUGUGGUUGAUUGGAAUUGUGCGAUUAUUGAGGAUAUAGUUGUGGAUAAA